CAGUGAAAAUGUGUCAAGUAGAAAUGCUGAGAGUGUUGGUGAAGCAGCGACUAACUGCUGCUGUGGAAGAAAUAUUUGUAGUGUUAGAAAGAACGAUAGCAGAAUACGAGGAGGAACUUUCUAGAACAAAAGAGGAGAACGAGCGACAACGUCAACUACUGGACGCUCUUUUCAACAAACAUCAACAAACAGUCUGUGAUGAGAUGGAGCAGGAGGAGGCGGAGCCCCCCCACGUUAAAGAAGAGAUUGAGGAAGCGGAUAUCUCCAAGUUACCAGGGAUUGGUGUCACUGUGAAGAGUGAAAGUGAGGAGACGAGAGAGGCGGAGAGACCAAGCAGCAGCUCAACUCAACACAUGACAACAGAAGUCGGUGAAGAACAUCUUCCUCCAGAUCAACAAUAUUGGACCGCCAAGAUGGAGCUGGAGGAGGCAGAGCCCCCCUGCAUUAAAGAAGAGGACGAGGAAGCUGAUAUCUCCAAGUUCCCAGUGAUUGGUGUCACUGUGAAGAGUGACGAUGAUGAGGUCAAAGGUGAAAGUGAAGAGAAGAGCGAGGCGGAGCCUCCAAACAUCAGCUCAACUCAACACAUGACAACAGAAGCUGGUGGAGGAUCACAAGCAGACUUAGCUCCACUAUCAGAUAGUGACGAGACAACAUCACACUCUCCUGACACUGAUGAUGAAGACUCUAAAGCUGAUGCUGGAGUAAAUCCCUUCCCAUGCUUGGUUUGUGGGAAAGCGUUUACUCGAAAUGCACAUUUGAUAUCACACAAAAGAACGCACACAGGGGAAAAACCUUUCGUUUGCUCAGCGUGCGGUAAAAAGUUCUCUGAAAAGGGCAGCCUGAAGAAACACACGAGAACGCACACCGGGGAGAAACCGUUUUCCUGCUCGGUCUGCAAAACAAGUUUCAGCGACCAUUCGGCGUUGGCGAGGCACAGGAGAAUACACACCGGGCAGAAACCCUUUUCCUGCGCCAUUUGCAACGCAAACUUCCGCCAGCGGACAGCUUUGGUGAUCCACACGAGACGGCACACCGGGGAGAAACCGUUCUCUUGCUCGGUCUGCCAAACACGUUUCAGGGUUCAGACGUCCUUGAUUCAGCACAUGAGGACGCACACCGGAGAGAAACCUUUUGGCUGCACAGUUUGCGACAAAAGAUUCUCCCAGAAGUCAACGCUGACUGAACACGCCAGGUUGCACACCGGAGAGAAACCUUUCGCCUGCUCAGUGUGCGACAGGAGUUUCAGUUACCACUCGUCGUUCAUUCAACACAGGAAAAAACACACGCGGGAGAGUUUAGCUGUGUGAUAUUUGAACGUAAACAAUCUCCCAGGAAAUAGACUAGGGCUGCAGCUAACAACUAAUUUGAUAAUCGAUUAAUCGUGUCGAUUAUUACUUCGAUUAAAAGUCGGAUAAAAGAGACAAACUACAUUUCUAUCCUUUCCAGUAUUUUAUUGGGGGGAAAAACAGCAUACUGGCACCAUGUUCUUUCAACUUGCCAAAUAAACCAAGGAAAAUGUUACAAAAGUGUUUUGUUUUUUGAUAAAGUGCACCAUUGUCAUGCACAAUAGCAAUCAUUUUGCUUGGGGGAAUUUUUUAACCUUUUCCAACCAAUGUUGGAUGCUGAAUGUCUUUCCUGUAGUGGCAUGGUGGUAAGGCAGACUGACUUCAUGUUCCAUUCCUCUCCAAUGUAACGGCAUGUAUUGCCAAGGUGGCUCCACUUGUCCACA